AUGUCUUACGUCCCAAGGCCAUAUGGAGCUCGCGGAGCAUAUGGGGUGCCCUCACGACCAGUGUAUGGAGCACGAACUCCUUUUCGGCCUUAUGGCCCCACCGUUGGUCCUGUCAGUGGUGGAUUUGGCCCCGGAUCAGCUGGUUUAGGUGCACUUGGUGGAACACUAGGAGCUUUAGGUGGUACACUUGGUUGUCUAUUGUGUUUGGCUGCUAUUGGAGCACUUGGUUUAUUUGCAACUGUUGUAGCAAUAACAGCCUACGCAAAUGAAUUUCUUCAUGAGUAUAAGAUAGUUACCCAGGCAAGCAGCGCGAUAUUAGGAACAAAUGUUGGAAUUAAUAUUCUAUUAGCAGCAUCAUUUUUGAUCAUUUUUACACGUCGAGUGAUGCAACAUGUUUAA